AUGAGAGCUAGUAGCGCGCUUGAUCAAAGUCUACUGGACGCACUGGCCAAUAUGCGAGGUGAAGAAGCGGAGACAGCUCAAACACGUCUGAAAAAGAAACGUCUUGAUUUCCAACCAGGCAAGUCCAUAUCAAAAAACCUUUCCACUGAAAGUGAUGAAUCUGAUGAAGAAAGUGAAGAGGACAGCAAAACAGAAGAAGAAUCUGAGUCCCAGCCUGGAACAGACGAAGAAACCCUUUUGCAGGGCGAGUGUGAUACUGAUACUCCAUCAACCAGUACGUUACUUUCGCAAAAGGAAAAGUUAUUACAAACAUUGUCAGAGGUGAACAAGUUACUGGACGAUGACAUGAAAGGUCGCCUGUAUGCUGUGUACUAUGGUCAAAAAUAUUAUUGGGGGAAGAACCAACUAUGUUUUGUCGAUGAUCAAGAUGAAGAUGCCAAAAGUGUCGAAUUUUAUAGUUUCUUGCGCUACCGAGGAGAUAGUUGCUGGGAUUUUCCCAAAAAGUCUGAUGUAGAGAUCGUGGAAGCAAAGUAUAUUUUCUGUGGUUCAUAUAGUUCUGAAACAACAAUCGCAGAGAAAC